GUAACCUGAUCGAGCUGGGAGGAGUGACUUUACCAGGGAAGGCUUGAACAGGAAAAAAAUGUCUUCUUCUGCCGGAGAAGUCACAACAGCGAAUGACAUCAAGAGGGAAAAUGUGAAGGAGCUGGAUGAGCGGGAGUGCAUCAAGUUUGUGGCGCUGGACGCGGCGGAGUUGUCCAUGGAGCGCACGGCUCCCAACGCUGACGCGGUGCGCACGGAGCUGCUGGUGAGCGCCGCGUCCUCCCUGGCUUUCUCCCCGGAGCAAGUGGCGUGUGUGUGCGAGGCUCUGCAGCAGGGAGGCAAUGUGGACCGGCUGGCCAGGUUCCUGUGGUCCCUGCCACAGAGCGACCUGCUCCGCGGCAACGAAAGCAUCUUGAAGGCGCAAGCGCUCGUCGCUUUCCACCAGGCGCGGUACCAGGAGCUGUACAGUAUCCUGGAGAACCACAGCUUCAGCGCGUCCAACCACACCUUUCUGCAGGAACUGUGGUACAAGGCCCGGUACACCGAGGCGGAGAAGUCGCGGGGGAGACCCCUUGGCGCCGUGGACAAGUACCGGAUCCGGAGAAAGUACCCUCUCCCCAGGACUAUCUGGGACGGCGAGGAGACGGUGUAUUGUUUCAAGGAGAGGUCUCGGAACGCGCUGAAGGAUCUGUACACUCAGAAUAGGUACCCCUCUCCUGCCGAGAAGCGAAACCUCGCCAAGAUCACAGGACUCUCCUUGACCCAGGUCAGCAACUGGUUCAAAAACAGAAGGCAGAGAGACAGAAACCCGUCCGAGGCACAGUCCAAGAGUGAAUCUGAUGGAAACCACAGCACAGAGGAUGAGUCUAGUAAAGGCCAGGAUGAUAUGUCACCCCGACCCCUCUCCAACUCCUCAGAUGGGGUCAUCCCCCAUGGGAUUCAAACGGGGCAUCUGGACGGUGGGGUGGUCAUCCAGCAAAUCGGGGACAUCAAGAUGCCCGGAUCCAGCAGUGGUGGCCUCUACAAUGGGAGUCUAGUGACCAGUAACACCUCAUCUGCCGUCUUUCACAAUGGCGGCUCGUCUUACCUCCACACACCUGGAAACAUCCUCUUCAACGGGCUCAACUUGGGCAUCCAGCCCCUGGCCUUCAACCCUCUGAGGCCGUCAGGAGGGGUGUUGCUGGGGAGCUCUGGGGUGGACAUGCAGAUGCACACAGGGCAGGAGAAGGGACUGGGCAGUUCUGCUGAGGACUCCAGCCUGCAGUACGCAUCCUACACCGGCUGUGUGAAUGGAGCCGAGGUGAAGCUGGAGGGGGCUCACUCCAUGGCCGCCCAGAACGGGGGUUCCUCCGUGCUGACGUUCAGCUCCUCGUCAGGUGCGCUGCAGCUGGGCGGCUACAGUCUGGUGCACGUACCGAGCGGAGUGUCUGACAGUGAUGGCAGCUCAUUACUCAACAGUGAUGUGGGUCUUUCUCCCCUGCAGCUCUCCUCAGCCUCCUCGGCCUCAACAAUCCCACAACAAGGAACCAUACCUCUGGACAACGUAGCAGUGAGUUCCUCCAGCGACGACUCGUUCCAGCAGCAGGACAAGAUGACCAUGUCGUCCCUGCACCACAGCACCGUCCUCUACAGCAUGAGCAACACCGGCCAGACGUCCAUCAAGAAGGAGCCUUUGGAGGGAGGUGUCUAUUCCUCCUACCACCAUGGGCUUCACUUGGACCCCAGCGGUCAGAUCAGCUACACCACCCACAACUCUGAAGAGGCCCCGUCCAGCCAGGGUCCCACCCAAACCAACGACGUCCCUGCUGUCACCUCGUCCAGCCCCGAACCAGAGGUCUACACCACCCUCACCAUCAGCACACCCCUGAUGGCCCAAACGGACACAGGAAGCCACCACCUCCAGCCCACAGAGUACCUAGGGGCCCACGAGAUCCGGGGGCCUACACCCUCGCACCUAAUAGGCCCCGGCAUGAACAGCAACUACAUGAACCUGUCGGGAAACAAGGUGGACGGGUCGGGAGGCAUGAAUGAGAUGGUGCGGGCGAUGUGCGGGGAGAUGGAGGCUGUGGAGGGGAAGGAGCUGGCCAAACUACAGACAGUGCAGAUGGACGAGGACAUGGCCGACCUUUAACCUCAAAUCAAUCUCCCCGCAGAAGCACUCGUGUCCCCCCAAGCAGAGAUAUGGUGAAUCUUUUUACCUUUGUGUGAGAGUGUGUUUUUUUUUUUACUCUUCAUUUCUUUAAAUGUUAAAUUAUUUGUGUUCAUUUGACUUUUACAAUGCACUCUACAGUCAGAGGGGACGCCCUGUGGGUGGGCACUGUCAGUUUAUCACAAAAAAAAGAAAAGUCUAUGACACAUUUUAUAAGCCCUGUUAGGAAGAAGAAACAUUAUGGCUGUUUGUGCAAACACAAGAAGCCGCUCUGUGUGUGUGUGUGUGAGCCGUGUUUUAAAUGUGCAUUUUUAUAGACAACACCUGCUACUUCCUGUUGAGUGGAUGUGAUCCGCCGGAGCAGGUGCUGGAAUGCCUUGAGUCACAUGACCAGGAUGUUCCUCCAAACUAAAUGCGUCAUCCGGCUCAAACCAAAAAGGUCAUUCGGCCGGGGGAAGAGGGAGAGAGCCUCUGUGAAAAUGAUCAGCUGAAGAGCGACCGCUUUUACUGAAGGACUGCACACACACACACACGCACACACACACAGAAUAAUAGGUUAUUAGAGACAGAAAGCUGCUGAUUUAGGAGAAAGUGUCCUUCAGUGAGCACCUUAAAUUCUCUGAUUGCCUCUCAAGUCGCUGCAAACCCUGAAGUUGUGCUUUAUAUUUUACCAAAUGAACUCAGAGUGUUGAGUACGGGACAAGAGUUGAGACAAAUGUGCCUUUCUGCUACUUAAAAACACAUAAUGUCAUUGGUCUGUUUUGGCGUUUGCACUACCAUAGUGACAUUACAACGUGCACGUUUCUAACAACCUUCAAGUCGGAGGGUUUGUCAUGUGGCGACAACAACAAAUGCACAAGUACAGCAACGACUCCGAUUUCUAGCCUCAUCUUCAACCUGUUAGACAAAGAUCUUAACGAUGAUGGAAAGGUCACGGUGUCGGUUCACAUGUUGCCCAUCAUAUGUUGUUUAUAAUGCUGCAACUCAUAAUAUGUUAACUAGAUGUGAUGAUGCUAUACUAUAUCGUGUUUCAUUUUGAUGUGUCUCUCCAAAGCAGUCAGUAAUCAUGAAUGGUAUUUUUCUAUGAAGCCAGACAUCUACAGAGUGUAUGCUUUUAAUGAACAAAGGUACAGAAGCUAGAAGAGGACAAAACCGUUUGUGUUUCUUUUAUAGUCCCACUUUUAAACCCGGAGAGGGAUUGUGAUAAUUUCUCUUUGCAUGGCGUCAUAAUGUUUUGGACACUAUAGUGCCUUUUACUUUUUGUUUUGUGAAUAAUAAAACUAAAAGUAAGCUCAGUCGUUGAUCCUGCGUUGUAGCCUCAGAGAUUUACCACCAUCGCAGGCGCACUCAUUGGGUGUCAGAUGAGGGAAGAGAGGGCAGAGAAUGUCGAACCCAUUUGUCAAGUGUGUCCGGUGCUUUUCGCAACAGGAGCCUAAUUCCUCGCUGUCAUACAUGACCCUAAUAGCACAUUUCAGCGUCGCAGCCAAGUCAUAAAGUGCACAUGUAGCGGUGCAUCACGUGUUUUCAUACUAAAGGACUGAUGAACACUUAAUUUGUGACACGAUCCCAUCAAUUUGAAUGGACAUUUCAGUGAAAGUAUCCUCAGUGCUUUAAUGUAAUAUACCAAAAAAUGAGUUGUGGGCAAAUAUUAAACUGAUGGUCAUUUUGUUUUGUUUUGUUGUUGUUUUUUAUCUUAGUUUGAAUGAUACGUUUGUCAUCUGAAAUUAUGUGAAUGUAUUUUUCUAAAUCUCUGUACUACAAUAAAAGUUUAUAUUUAUAAAAACAUAAA